GCUUGAAACAUUUGCCUAAUUUGGAACGUAAGAAUAGAUAGGUGACAGUUCGUCUAUAGUUUAUGGUGAAAAUAAUCUUUAAAACUAUUCAAGUAAUAAGUAAAAGCGCUCAAUAUUUAUUCAAUUCAUGAAAUGAUUAAUGUUUUGACAUCGAGAGGAACAAAGACAAGAUAGAGCAAAAUUAGUAAUGAAGACUAUGUGACAGAAACAUAAUUGUGAUAAUUUUUUAUACUGAGUGAACCAGUUAAAUACAAUUUUUGGUGAUUAAUUUGUAACAUAAAAUUGACAUGAAAUCGUUUUGUGAGAGAUGAGUGUCUUCGGGGAUUUUCAACGUGUGUGGGUGCAAAGAUUUCCAGAGAGUGCUUUACCAGCCGCUUGGGAGGAAGAUGUCAGGGCCAAUUUGGCUAAACACAAACAGAAAGUGGCUAUACUUAGGGAGGAGUUAGAGAAGGAAGAAUUCUACGUGGAGUAUCUGGAGACCCUGUUGUCUGAUGUGGAGAAACAUAAGACAGCGUCGCUGGGGAAAGGGGUGCCGCCCUCGGGAGCUGACGUGAGCGAGGCUGAAGAUAACGCGGCUGAUACCAAGCAGGUUUCCAACACAGACUCAUUGUCUAAGAAGAGCAUAACAAGUCUAACAAGUAGUAAAAGCGAUGAGUCUGCCCCUGAGACAGCUGAGGCUGAACCAGUGCAGUUGAGGAGUAAGCCAACUAAGCCCCUGCAUGUGGAGAGGAGCUCCGUCAACCAGUGCAUCAAUGAGCUCUCUUCUAACUUGGUGGCCGAGGCGGCUCGGAGAAGAUGCAACAGUGAAGUAGUGCAGCGAACUGAAAAUAAUCAGGAUACAAAUGCUUUAGAAGAAACAAGUCCGAGUCCAGCUAAAAACCGUCCAGCGUCACAAGCGGGUGAUUUUGUAACAGUCAUCGAAGUCAAUGGUUUGAAGGCAGCCGAGAAUGCGUCCAAGAAAGUCCAGGAAUCGCCGCCGUCUUCUGAAAGCAGCCCCUUCGACCCCACGGCGGCUGCUAAGAAAAAAGUACCACCUAAACCCCCACCGAAAACGUUUGGCAAACGUGGCGCCUCGCUGCCCGAGUCGGACCUCCCCGGAGAUAGUCCACCAUCGUCGCUGGGGCGGAGACUCCGCGGCGCGGAGUCACGGGAGUCCAUCGGCAGCAGAGCCUCCACGCCCUCCAUCAGUGAACGAGUGAAAAGCUACGAAUCCAUAAACUCUCUAUCAUCCGAGCGCAAACGCUCCGGCGGGGCGGCGACGCCGCUCUCUAUCGACGAGGAGGCGUCCACGCCCGACACGCCCGGCGAGACGGGUGGGGAGCCCGCCUCGCUGGAGAGCAUCCCCGCCGGGCCCGAGGACGAGCCCUACUACGACCAAGUGCCGCAGGACAUUAACGAUGGCGAAUAUGUUUAUAUACAAGCAGGCGGUACGGGAUCCAGUGCGGAUGACGCAUCGAGCGGCGCCAGCACGCUGGCGCUGUCCGCGCCGGCCGCGGCGCAGGCGCCCACCGCGCCGCGCGCGCCCGACUCGCCGCCCGUCGCCACCGCGCCCAACUACGUCAACAUACACUACUUCAUACAACAAGCGGGUGAAGGCGCGGAGGCGAACGAAGCCAACACAGAGCUAGUGGAUUCCAGCGACACGCCGCUAUUGCUAAGGACGAUAUCGUCCGACACAGAGGCGAGCGCCACACCGCCUGCCUUGAGGAAGCUACAGCACCAGGAAUCAAACAAUAGCAGUAAUGCGGAGGCCGAGCGCCUGACCAUGCAUCGGUGCAUUGUCACGAGCAUCAUCGAGAGCGAAACCGUCUACGUCGAAUGCCUAUACGUUAUGGAAAAGUACAUGAACGCCAUAAAAGCGACGCUGUCGACGUCCCAGCCUGUGAUAACGGAGGAAGAGUUCAACACGAUAUUUUACAAAAUAUCCGAACUACAUGAAUUACACAAGAAUUUCCUCGAGGGACUGAAGGCCGCCGUCGCUAGUUGGGAAGAGCCUCUAUCUGUGGGAAGCCACUUUAAAAAAAUGGCGGAGAACAUAAACGUAUACGGCGCGUUCCUGCACAACUACGGUCGAGCCACGGACGCCGUGCGACGCCGCUGCGCGAGCUCGCAACGCUUCGCCGACCUCACGCGCCAGAUCGCCUGCCGCGGCCAGCCCAUGUCGCUCGACGACCUGCUGCACAAGCCCGUCGCUAGAGUCCAGAAGAACGCUCUUGUCUUGCAUGAUCUCAUAAAAUACACCCCUGCAAGCCAUCCGGACCACGCGAUGCUCACCGAUGCACUCAACAUGACACAACAUUUCCUCGACGAAUUUAAUAUUAUACAAACUAAAUCUAUGUUCCCUAACGCAGACCGCGCCCAAAGAAGACUCGUCAAGAAUUCGUUUAUUGUAGAACUUUCGGAUGGACAUAGAAAAUUGAGGCAUUUAUUCCUUUUCAACGAUGUCAUAGCUUGUGCCAAAUACAAGGCUUCAGGCCGCGAUAAGUUCACGUUCGAGUUAAAGUGGUUCAUCCAACUCCCGGACAUCGUGGUGGUAGAGGAGGAGAUCGGCGCAGCGGACGCGCGGGAAACAUCUCCCGCCAACAUCGUGGCCCUCAAGUCGCAGGCGUCCACCGUGCGUGACCAGAUACUGGCUGAAGAACGAGCCGCGCAGGAUGACAAGAAAAUCAGAAUAGGCAGUCGCGGCACGGCAGAAAAGCAGCGCAAGAAGCUUGCAGAGCUAGAGGGGCAGCUAGUACUGGCAUCGCCUAACCUGGUUCUACGGAUCGGAGCGCGCGCACCCGGCGCUUCCGCGUUGCAACGGCACCACAUCUUCUUCCUGAGUUCCGAGUAUGAACGCACGCAGUGGAUCGACUCUAUACAUGCGCUGCAGGCAUCAUCAGCGCCGCCAGGCGGCUCAGCGGCUGUGUCGAUGCUGGAGCUGCAGGCCUGGGUGACGGCGUGCCGCAGCUACCUGCAGACGGACAUGGGCUCGUACCUGCUGCGCAGCGGCCGCGACGACUCGCUGCUGCUGGGCGACCUGCAGCUGCACAUCACCGGCAUGACCGCGCCGCUCGACUCCUCCGCCGAUUACUAUAUAGUGGUGGAGGUCGAUUCAUACGGGCACUACUUCCGCAAGGCGAAGUCGAAGCUGGUGUGCCGGACGGCCCAGCCGCGAUGGAACGAGACCUUCACGCUGGAGCUGGAGGGCUCGCAGAACCUGCGCCUGCUGCUGUACGAGGACGCGGCGCGGCCCGUGCUGCGCGGGAAGUGCACUGUCAAGCUGUCGCGGUCGUGGGCGGCGGAGGCGGCGGGCGGCGGCGCGGCGCGCACGGUGGCGCUGGGCGGCGGCGCGCUGCCGCUGCGGCUGCGGCUGCUGCCGCCCGAGCACUCCGCGCGCCGCGUGCCCACCACCAAGCCCGGCGCGCUCUUCGGCGCCAAGAUCGCGAGCGUCGCCAAGUACGUAUAUGUGUGUGUGUGGGCAGUCGUCGCGGUCGUGGGCGGCGGAGGCGGCGGGCGGCGGCGCGGCGCGCACGGUGGCGCUGGGCGGCGGCGCGCUGCCGCUGCGGCUGCGGCUGCUGCCGCCCGAGCACUCCGCGCGCCGCGUGCCCACCACCAAGCCCGGCGCGCUCUUCGGCGCCAAGAUCGCGAGCGUCGCCAAGUACGUAUAUGUGUGUGUGUGGGCAGUCGUCGCGGUCGUGGGCGGCGGAGGCGGCGGGCGGCGGCGCGGCGCGCACGGUGGCGCUGGGCGGCGGCGCGCUGCCGCUGCGGCUGCGGCUGCUGCCGCCCGAGCACUCCGCGCGCCGCGUGCCCACCACCAAGCCCGGCGCGCUCUUCGGCGCCAAGAUCGCGAGCGUCGCCAAGUACGUAUAUGUGUGUGUGUGGGCAGUCGUCGCGGUCGUGGGCGGCGGAGGCGGCGGGCGGCGGCGCGGCGCGCACGGUGGCGCUGGGCGGCGGCGCGCUGCCGCUGCGGCUGCGGCUGCUGCCGCCCGAGCACUCCGCGCGCCGCGUGCCCACCACCAAGCCCGGCGCGCUCUUCGGCGCCAAGAUCGCGAGCGUCGCCAAGUACGUAUAUGUGUGUGUGUGGGCAGUCGUCGCGGUCGUGGGCGGCGGAGGCGGCGGGCGGCGGCGCGGCGCGCACGGUGGCGCUGGGCGGCGGCGCGCUGCCGCUGCGGCUGCGGCUGCUGCCGCCCGAGCACUCCGCGCGCCGCGUGCCCACCACCAAGCCCGGCGCGCUCUUCGGCGCCAAGAUCGCGAGCGUCGCCAAGUACGUAUAUGUGUGUGUGUGGGCAGUCGUCGCGGUCGUGGGCGGCGGAGGCGGCGGGCGGCGGCGCGGCGCGCACGGUGGCGCUGGGCGGCGGCGCGCUGCCGCUGCGGCUGCGGCUGCUGCCGCCCGAGCACUCCGCGCGCCGCGUGCCCACCACCAAGCCCGGCGCGCUCUUCGGCGCCAAGAUCGCGAGCGUCGCCAAGUACGUAUAUGUGUGUGUGUGGGCAGUCGUCGCGGUCGUGGGCGGCGGAGGCGGCGGGCGGCGGCGCGGCGCGCACGGUGGCGCUGGGCGGCGGCGCGCUGCCGCUGCGGCUGCGGCUGCUGCCGCCCGAGCACUCCGCGCGCCGCGUGCCCACCACCAAGCCCGGCGCGCUCUUCGGCGCCAAGAUCGCGAGCGUCGCCAAGCGCGAGAAGCGCAACAUCCCGUUCAUCAUCAGCGCGUGCGUGCGCGAGGUGGAGCGGCGCGGCAUCCUGGAGGUGGGCGUGUACCGCGUGUCCGGCAGCGCCUCCGACCUCGCGCGCCUGCGCAAGAGCUUCGAGACCAACGCUUACGAAGCAGAACAACUGCUGAAAGAAGUUGACAUCCACUCUGUGACCGGCGUGUUAAAGCUGUACCUACGAGAGCUUCCUGAAGCGCUGUUUACGGAUGCGCUGUACCCAGACUUUUUGAAAGCUUGGAGUGCAACACAGGGCGUAGGCACUUCAGUUGACUCCGGUCCGGCGCAUACGCGACGGCAUGCUCUUAUGAAAUGUUUCGCGCAGCUGCCCGACCUCAAUAAGAACUGCAUCGAUUUUCUGCUCAAUCAUUUUGUCAAAGUGAACCAGCACGAGGCGGACAACAAGAUGUCGCUGCACAACCUGGCGACGGUGUUCGGGCCCACGCUGCUGCGGCCGGGCGGCGCGACGGCGGGCGCCAAGCUGCGCGCCGACCAGCUGGCGGCCGGCACCGUGGACGCCAUGGCGCAGGCCGGCAUCCUCUACUGCCUGCUGCAGCAGCGCCAGCUCGCCGCGCAGCUCUCCUCCCACUCGCACCUCCGCGCCAACUGACCGGCCUGACCUGUGUCUCCGGAACCUUACGCCACUAGAGUCGGGCCCACGCUGCUGCGGCCGGGCGGCGCGGCGGCGGGCGCCAAGCUGCGCGCCGACCAGCUGGCGGCCGGCACCGUGGACGCCAUGGCGCAGGCCGGCAUCCUCUACUGCCUGCUGCAGCAGCGCCAGCUCGCCGCGCAGCUCUCCUCCCACUCGCACCUCCGCGCCAACUGACCGGCCUGACCUGUGUCUCCG